CCGGCGAAAUGUCUCCAGAUCCGGGACUCCCCAACGCAGAGGAACUCCUGAAGCUACUCCCUUCAGAUUCCUGGGACCGGGGGACACAGCGCUGCCGCCUGGGCCCUUUCGCCCUCCGUGUCCUGGGGGUCCACCUGGGUGCCACGCUAAUCAUCACCCUGCCAGACGGCGGCUCCUGCAUCUGCACAGCCUGGCCCCGGCGCGAUCUGACCGAUGGCUUCAUACAGGUGGACCCAGGGUGCGCGAGCCCCGGCGCGGCCACGGAACCGUGGAGUCCCGGCCAAAGCGUCCCCCUGAGCAGCCUCCGCGCCGUGCCGUGCCCACCCCUGCGGCGCGUCACCGUGUGGCCGGUACUGCGGGAGUCGCCGGCACCGAGCGGAGCCUCGAACCGGCUCUCAGUGCUGGAGGCGGCACAGGAGCUUUUGCGAAACCGGCCGGUCUCACUGCGUUCUGUGGUGACGGCUCCCCCGGGCGCCGCCGGGACUGUGGCCGCCGUACACGUGCUCGGGGGCGACCCCAGCCCGGAGCCCGUUGGGCUGGUCACGCCGCACACUCUUGUAGAGCUGGACGAGGCCCCGGCGCCCCCUGCCCCGGAGCUGCCCGUGGAGGCGACCCUGGGCGGACUGACAGAGGCUGCCGCUGAGCUGCGGGAACUCUUGUGCCUGCCGAGCCUGCACUCUAGCGCUCUAACGGCACUCGGCGUCUCCGUGCCCCGAGGGCUCCUCCUUGUCGGGCCUCCCGGCGUGGGCAAGACGCAGCUUGUGCGUGCUGUGGCCCGGGAAGCACGCGCCCAGCUGCUGGCCGUGAGUGGCCCGGAACUGCAAGGUUCGCGGCCCGGUGAGACCGAGGAGAACGUACGCCGUGUGUUCUCGCGGGCUCGCGAGCUGGCCAGCAGAGGGCCUGCUCUCCUCUUCAUCGAUGAGCUGGACGCGCUGUGUCCCCGGCGUGGUGGCAGUCGUGGCGCCCCGGAAGGUAGAGCCGUGGCCCAGGUCCUCACCCUGUUGGACGGCGUGGGCAGUGAGCGUCGGGUGCUCCUGGUGGCCGCCACCAACCGGCCGGACGCGCUGGACCCCGCGCUGCGCAGGCCAGGCCGCUUGGACCGCGAGAUCAUCAUUGGGACACCCACACUUAGACAACGGAAGGAUAUUCUGCAAGUACUAACCUCAAAAAUGCCUGUCUCCAAUAAUGUGGAUCUGCUUCACCUGGCAGAAUUGACGACUGGCUACGUUGGAGCUGAUCUCACAGCACUCUGCAGAGAGGCUGCCAUGCAGGCAAUGCGCCACACUAGUGAGAAUUCUGAAAAACCUGUGAUUGAUGCAGCGGAUUUCUUUGAAGCUUUUAAAAAAAUUCAGCCUUCUUCCUUUCGAAGUUUCAUUGGACUAACAGACAUUAAGCCUGUUAGCUGGGAACAGAUUGGUGGCCUUGAAGAUGUAAAAGUAAAAUUAAAGCAGAGUGUUGAAUGGCCUUUGAAAUUCCCUCGGGAAUUUGCCAGGAUGGGCCUGAAUCCACCUAAAGGUAUUCUCCUUUAUGGACCUCCAGGAUGUGCUAAAACCACCCUAGUGAGGGCUGUAGCCACAAGCUGUCAUUGUUCGUUUGCAUCUGUAAGUGCGGCUGAUCUCUUCUCUCCUUUUGUUGGUGAUUCAGAAAAAGUUUUGGCUCAGGUUUUUCGACAAGCAAGAGCUAAUACUCCAGCAAUUGUAUUUUUGGACGAAAUUGAUUCAAUCUUGGGAUCCCGAUCCAUCAACAAAACUGAAAAUGGUAUUCAGGAGAGAGUUCUUUCUGUCCUUCUCAAUGAAUUGGAUGGUGUUGGACUCAAGACCAUAGAGAGAAGAGGAAAUAAAUUGAAGUUACAGGAUAACUCUGAAGAAAAGAGAGAAAAUGAGGAAGAGGAGGAGCUAGAGUUCCAAGAGGUUUUUAAUCAAAAUGUCAUGAUAAUUGCUGCAACAAACAGACCUGAUGUAUUAGAUGAUGCCUUAUUACGUCCUGGAAGACUAGACAAGCUUAUUUAUAUUCCACCUCCAGAUCAAGAGGACAGACUUUGUAUUUUGAAAAUCUGCACGAAAAAUACACCCCUGGGACCUGAUGUAUCUUUAGAAAACUUAGCAGCACAAACCUGUUUUUUCUCUGGAGCUGACCUUGGAAAUCUCUGCAAGGAAGCUGCUUUGCUGGCUCUAGAAGAAAAUGGACUAGAAGCAACUACAGUGAGUCAGGAGCACUUUCUGAAAUCAUUGAAGACUGUAAAACCAUCCUUAAGCCGUCAAGAUUUGACACUCUGGGAAGGAUUUCAGAAGCAAGAAUUCUCCAGUUUACAGACUCUUUAGAUAACUUUCAUUGCCUUAUCCAUCAUUAAAAUAAAACAUAGGUUGUUUCCCUCCCCCUCCCCCCACCUCCCCUCCCACAUUUAAGGGGGGCUUGGAGAGAACUGGGUCAUGCAUGGGUGCAGGAUUGCCAGCUACAAGCACAGAAGGCCCUUAGUAAAAUAGAAUCUUGCUUCAGUGGUUAUUUCACCUCACCUGCCUGUUCAAUUAGGUCAUGGUGCAUGGAAAAGAACAGAGAACUUGAGUCAUGGGCUCCGAGUUCAAAUAACCUUUUCCACUUAAAACCUGUGCCAGGGAGGCAGAUCACCAAUGGGCCGCAUCAUCCUUAUCUGCAAAAUUGAGGAGGCUGGACUAGAUGCCCUGAGCUGCCUUGUGGUUCUAAAACGAUGUUGGGAAUGCUUACACAGCCUCCUGCUUCCUUUAGACCUACCACCCCUCACUGGAUACAUAUGCCAGUGGUGGCUACUGAUUGACAAGCUACUAUGAAUUCAGCAUCCUUUUCUUACUAUUAUUAUUUAAGUAUUUUUCCAUGGUUCCAUGAUUCUUGUUCUUUCCCUCCUCUUUUUCCUCCCCCUGAAUGCAGCAUUCUGUUCAGUGAUUUCUAUCAGUCACAAUAAUAUCUUACAUUUAGAAACAUUUGUUUGCAGCAUAGUCUAUAGAAGGUAUGUCUACAUGGAUGUACACAGAUGACAGAGAACAGGGACCCCAGGAUAGGCUGGGGGACAUGAGAAAAUAGGUUUUGGGAUCAGGAGGGCCAGAGACAAGCUGGUAGCAAAUCACAGCAAAGUUUAUUCAUCACAGCUUCUGGUUUUUAGAGAGAUUGAACGGAAUUCUUUGAACAUGAAUAUACAAUAAAGGGUAAUGAUUUAUAAGUUUAGUAUGAUGGAUUUGGUUUACAUCAUCAAAUCUAGACAGUUUUCUAUAGGCUGAUAAAUAUGUCCUGUAACCACCUAACCCAGAUUCCCAGAGAAUGCAUACAUCAGUGGGUUUUGUGAAGCCUCAGGUGAGGAGUGAGCUAUGUGUCUUGAGUUUAGCUGGGGGCACCUUUUGGGCUUUCCAGAGCUUUGCUCACUGGAGGCCCUGGCUGUUCUCAUGCUGUCUUCACACACGGAUUCCCAUGUAGUGUGGUAUGGCUCCUGCAAUAUCCAACCCCACAGUGGUCUGUGACCUAAGAUGAACCACUUCUGUCCUUUGGAAACUUCACUUGUGCUCGACUUUCCUAUUUUCAAUUCAACGCUACCUCAAAGUAUGCACAAUUUCCUUAAUGAGCAAAACCUAUGAUUACAUCUCUAGAAUAUUGAUUACUCUAGAAAAUUGAUACUCUUCCCUUUUGGCAGCAAUGUUGUGUUUCACCCUUUCACCUAUUUCAGUUCUUGCCUCAGUUUAUUUGAGUAGGGAAAAAACAUCACAAGGCCCUUUAUUCAUGGUAAGACCCAGGUCAAGAUUAUGGUCACUGCAAUCAAAUCCCUGGUUCCUUUUUGGAGGUUGGGUGGCCUUAUUUGUAACUCAACUCAUGGCAAAAGACAGUUAACCACCAGUAACAUUGAAAGGUUGCACGACUAGCUUCUGUUUUUGAUCAACUUCAUAUGCUUCUUGUUAUACAACACAUCCACAUCUUAGCCACCAUCUUCUGGCUGCUAACUGUCAGCCUAACUAGCCAGAGUAAUCCCGCUCAUUAGAGGCAGUGGCAUCUUCUAGAAGGAGCAGAGCCCAGCUAUUCCCUUCUGCCCCCAAGUUAGGAAGAAAAGGAUGUCAGUUAGAAUUUCUAUGGAAAUAACUGAAUGCAGUAAAUUACCCCAUCUCUUGUGGCUGCUGGUGAAGAGUAACUUACUUGAUGGAUGUAGGUCAUAAACAUAGGGGUCCCCAGAAGAUUCCCCUGAUUGGUCCAUCAUUGGCUCUCCCUUUCCCCUUAGGAGAAGUAAAUGGCAAUUUGGUGCUACAUCUGGUAAUCCAGGAAUGCCCACGGUGGUAAGUAGACAGGGGCAGGGGGAUUUAAGAAAAUAACCAGAAGGAAUAAAUCCUAGUGAGACAUUUGUGUAGACAAGUACAAGAUGAACUGUUGGAAAGAAAAUUUAUAGAUAUAUGCAUAUUAUAUUUGAAAGUUCAUGCUCAAAAUUUUGUCUUGCUAAUGAGAUUUGAUCGAAAAGAUGGCUGCUCUAAAAACAGGAUUUGGAAGAUGAUGUGGAAAAGAACUUUUAAAUCAUUAACAGUUGCUUUUUUUUUUAUUUUGAAGUCCAAAUUCUACCUCUACCCUGCCCAUUAAGAAAGCAAGUAAUAUGAUACCAGUUGUAUGUGUGAAAUCAUGCAAAACAGUUGAAAGGAACUUUCUAGAUGAAAUUUCAGAAUUGGAGAUAUCACACUUUCCUUGAAAGACAUCUACUAGAGAACAUGAAGCAGUAGACCUGUUGAGUUGACGAAAACAGCAUAUAAAUGCUAUUCAUAAUCAUAUCCUCUGCCUCAUAUUGAGACUGACAGGUUACCAACCAACAUUGAUCUGGUUUGGAGAGAUUAGGCUGAACAUCAUAAAUAUUGGACAAAACAUAACUUGUGAUUUUAUAAUGCAAUAUGAACUCAACUUUUAAAAUUAGUAUCUACUACUGACUCAUUGAGUUCUAUAACUAGGAAUUUACAAUUAUUCCUAAUGCAUUUCAUCUAAUUAAAUUCAGCCCUACAUUCUUGUUAAAAUCUUGGGUUCAAUAACAGACUUCUCUACUAGCAGCAAUGAAAGAAUCCAGAGCAAGGCUGACUUAUGAGAAAGAAAACUAGCCACAU